CUUAACGGCUGGUCCACCGUGAGUCUCGUGAAUGAAUGACAUCAUGCUGUCGGUCUCCAUCUGCGACAUGACACCUGCAGACACUAACGGUGCAGAGUGAUGCAGCAGAAGUUGUGCUCCAGAGGUUCUGGUUCUUUCCUCUCGGAGAGGAACGGCCAGGCCUGCGGCGCCUCCUCUUCCUCUUCCUCCCCCUCCUCCCUCCCGUUCCGCUGCCCCCGCUGUGGAGAGCAGGAGCGUUUCCGCAGCCUGGCCUCGCUCAGAGCGCACCUGGAGUACCGCCACUCGUACUGCUCGCCGGACGUGACCAGCGGUGGCUUCAGCAUCACCGGGAAACUCCCCGACCCGUUAACGGCAGCGAUCCCGUGGCACGACAUGAGCCUCCCGACCCGCAGGGGGCAGCAGAGACCCCCGCACGUUCGCUCCCUCAGCGACAGCAGAGACAGUGGAUUCCUCCCCUCCUACGGCUCUGUGAGGAGGAGAACCCAAAGUGUGGGGGUUGGGACGCAGGCUGAAGAGGAAGAGGAGGAUGAUGAUGAGGAGGAUGAUGAAGAGGAGUUUGGGUCAGAUGACGACGAUGUGGGAGAUGAUGAUGAGGACGAAGGUGAAGAGAAAAACGGAGGUAGAAAUGACGGAGAUGUUAAAAUGUCCAUUAAAAGUCAGACACUUGCCCCCCACCGCCUGAACCACCAGCUGUUCCACCCUCCUGCUCCCCUCGCCCCCCCGCCCUACCCCAACCUGGACCUGGACCUGGAGCUGGUCGAUCAGAACCAGUACUCCGGUCUGCAGACGGCAGCAGCCUCAGCAGCGGUGCGUCGUCGCCUGGCGAGUCUCCUUCGCGCCGCCGACAGCACGAUGCAGCGUCGCCUCGCCAAGGUGAGCACGGAGCUGGCUCAGACGGACACGCAGCUCCUGUGUGAGCGCGCCCACUCGCAGCACCUCGCCCAGGAGAGGCAGGAGGUGGCCGACAGAGAGCGGUCGCUGAGCCGACAGGUGGACGUGGCCGUCAUGGUGAUCGCAGCGCUGAGGGAGCAACUGAACGCCUCGGAGAACGAACUGGAGCGACAGGAGAGGGAGGUGAUAACGAUCCAGAAGUUCCUGGAAGCGGCGGCUCGACAGGAGACGUGCGGUAAAGUCCGGAUCCAGCACUUCAUCGAGAAUCUGCUGAGACGCAUCGCUCUGGCCGAGAGGCUGGUGGAGUAUUACCAGGAGAACAGCCCGCAGCAGUGCAGCCACUUCAAGUACCAGCAGCCCAGUGAACACACACCUCACAGGAUCACUAAAAGCAGGUCAGCGGGGGGUCAGCUGUCGUCCUCCGGUCUCCACGACCACAGGACCCACUCCCACUCGUCCUCCUCGCAGUUUGGGGGCCGUCCUCUGUUCUCCCGAGCGGGGGGGGGGGCGGAGCGGGAGCACCGGGAGCGUCUGGCUCAGUCGUCCCGGCUCUUCUGCCGACCCGAGCACCGAGACGACAUCUGGAACCACCAGCGGCGCCGCUCGGCCGGGUACGAGGCGUAGAACUGUAGAGCAGCGGUUCCCAACCUUUUUCAACUCGGGGCCCACUUCAGAAUCUAAAAAAAAGGUUUUCGCGGC